GUUAAAUAUGUCUGAUGAAAAUGGAUUAGUAACACAUAUUCGAAACAUAGUCUUUUUCCUGAUUGUGUUUGGAGCUUUUUUGUUUAUAAGAUAUGAAGAUUUGUCUGAGAAAAUUUAUGCAAAUUCUGGAACAUUUUUGAGCAAGCGAUGGAAUAAUUCGCCCAACUUUUUACGACAUGUUUUGCCAAACAGUGAAGAUAAAAAAUGUUCGGUACAAUGGGGGAAUGAUCUAAUAAACUCAACUUUAUACGAAUUGAAACAUUUCGAAAAGGUUUCUAUAUCUAAUAAAAAUGAGAAAUAUUAUCCGAUGCCACUGUAUCCGGAUCCGGUUUUUAAAAUGAAUCCGGAUAAAUUCAUUCUACCAUUACUUCAAAAUGGGCCCAACAAUCAACUGAUGGGGUUCAGAGAAGCGAUAUUUGUUGGUUUAAAGCUGAAUCGUACUAUCGUAAUACCUAAGUUCAUCAAACACCACUCUGACAAUCAAAGCACACUUCCGUACGUAUCACCAGUCCAUCGUAUCCAGGUCGCUGAUUUAUGCAAAUUCAUCUCUUGUAUUUCGUUCGACGCCUUCAGGGAAGCUUGUGAUUAUAAGAUUGAUGCUGUAUUUCACAUCAGGAAAUUUUCAGUUAGGAGUAUAAGAAGGCACGAAAAGUUUAUGGACAUGAAAGUGCGUGAGAUCAACAAAAAUAAGGAAAGUAACGAUGGUCCGAAAUAUAAAUUCAUACCACCAACUCCAAUUCCAGAUGGUAGAGAAUCACGAAAUUUCCAUGACAGGGAUAUUAUUGGUCUUUUUGAUUCGAUGGAAAGAUGUGUAAUUUAUCCUCGUCCCUUGUAUAACCUUCAUUUGCCACCGCUUGGGAAAAACGAGUAUGGUAAAAAUCUUGAAUUGGUAAAGAACGCCGAAGAUUUGCGAAGACUUUCGGAAAAACGUUUAUUUCUCACCAUAGCUCAUGUAGCUAAAAACCCAAAAUAUAUUACCAAGCUUGCUGAAGAUUUCUGGCGAAGUACUAUGAAGGGAAGACCUUAUAUCAGUUUGCAUUGGCGGUAUCAAAGAGAAGAAUUUAUGCUGAGGUGCAACAAGCCUAUAACGAACAUUGUGAAGAAAAACAUAUGUUACAAUGCAAUGGCGAUAACUGCUAAUGACAUUGCUAUUUCCAUCGAGCAAAGAGUUAUCUGGAUACGAAAAGCUAAAUUGUUCAACAUUCGAGACAUCUACAUUGCUUCUCCACCUAGUGAAAGAAACCUAAUUGCCGAAGUUGCCAAAAUUUUGUACGAAGAACAUGGAUGGCUGACGUUUACUUCUCUCAGUUUAACGGAUUAUCUUAAUGAUGCGUUCAAGCCUUGUCCGGUGCUACAAGGUCAUUACAAUGAUAUUUUGUCCACGACUGAGAUGGAAAUAUGUUCCCUUUCUGUUGCGUUUUUGGGAUCACAAAGAUCAUCGUGGUCAGAUGUAGUACACACCGAUCGAAAGGCGCCCAAACAUGAUCACAUUUCGGUACAAUUUGACGGUGAUAUUUUCAAAAUGGCACUCAAAAUUAUAGAAGAGAGGAACGAAACAGAAAAAAAGAAGGAGCAAGACGAAACUGACUCUAAUCAUUUUGUUAUCGAAGCGCAACCAUAACUUGCAAUCUGUUUUGAUAUAACUGUUAUGUGAGUUUAUCAAAAUAUCGUGAUUGUAUAUGCUCUCUUCAAAUGCUAUCCACAUCUUGUGAACACAAUUUCCAUAUUUUUUUAACCUGAAAAUCGGAUAUUAGGUUAGAUUUUACAAAAAAUCGAAGUCUCAGAACUCCGAGUGCAAACUCGUGCAUAUAAAUUGUUUCCAGUUAAUUCCUAUAAUAUUAUAUAAAUUAUUCCAGUCUUCCAUUAUCCACAGUCUCAAAUCUCGUUUGCUUUUGUUAUUGAUCCAUAUAUAAUGUCAACGUUUAAUUAACAAAUAUGGUCAGUGUUGAAUAUAUAUUGUAACAUUCCGGAAUGUUUGUCAAAUCGAAGUGUCGUCUCGCAUGGUUUUUUAUUCCAAACAACUUGCUAUUAUGAAUAAUAUUCGCUAUUUUAAUAACAUUAUCUUAACGCAGUAAUAAAACUAUGUCAUUCAUUUUAACGCUGUUUGAAGUCAAAUUUGUAACAUUGGCCCUCCUCAAGAAUGUAUUCCAGUGAAUCAUGGGAGCAUACAUAUUACAUAGAUUUAUUUUUGAAUCCACGUGCCUUCUCGAUAGAGUUUAAUGUUUAAACUUUAUGUUAGAUUUACGAUAGUCAAUGCACAAUAGUCUUUUCAGCCCACAUGGAAAACAGGAACAUUAUCAAGUAUAUUGUAUUUAUUUUUUCAGGGGCGGCCAACCUAUUUUCGACCGCGACCGACUAAAAUCCUCGAAUAACUCGCGAUCGCCUGAUCGGUAAUAAGGUCAUACAACACAAAAACGAAUGAGUACUGAGUAUGCAAAUAACUACACACACGCAUACGAAAAAAAUUGUACCGCUGCUAAUAAGCUCGGCUCUGUGGGCGCAUUCUUUGCGUAAUCGCCACAAAAAGUUCCAUUUAAUUUGGCAAUUUGGCUAUGUAAUUGUACCUGGAGUAAAGGUUUCAUCAUUUAUUUAAGAUGUAUUCGAAUCAUAUAUACGAUUCUGACCUGAGGCCUGCCUAAUUUUCAUUCGUAAGUGUCGAAAAUUCUUCAAAAACCUUGCCAAGUAUCCAUAGUACUGUACUGUAAUCGUCAUGUAUUAAAACACAAAUCAGGCGCUGCAUGAAACUGGUUUAAGAUAAUUUUUUGGGGUAUGUUAUUAAAUUUACUCAACAUCGGACGCGAUCGACUACUCAAGACGUCUUGAUCGACCAGUCGACAGCGAUUGACGUGUUGGCCACCCCUGGUAUACUCAUUGAAACAUUUAUAUUUCAUUUCUAUUUUUAUUAGAUCUAUGAAGAAAUUCCUGUUCAA